AUGGAUGUGAAUAAUGUGCACACGGCCAGUUUUAGCCUGAGAAGAAGCUCUUCAGCCUGGAGCAAUAACGGGCCGGAGUUGUUUUCAAUAUCGGCCCGUGAAGAGGACGAUGAAGAGGCUCUCAAGUGGGCCGCGCUCGAGAAGCUUCCCACUUUCGACCGGCUUAGGAAGGGCCUUUUGUUCGGGUCAAGAGGGGCCGCUAAUGAGGUCGAUGUCCAAAAUCUCGGAAUUCAAGAUAGGGUGAAUUUGCUUGAGAGGCUUGUUAAGGAAGAUGAUAAUGAGAAGGUGGGGAUUGAAUUACCUACAAUUGAAGUUAGGUUUGAGAACCUAAAAGUGGAAACAGAAGCUUAUGUUGGGAGCAGGGCUUUGCCUUCUUUCAUGAAUUUUUUCACAAAUAUUUUGGAGGAAAUAUCAAGCAAUAUUCUUCAUAUGAUUCCAAGCAAGAAGAAGCCAUUGACAAUCUUAAACAGUGUUAGUGGAAUCAUAAAGCCUGGCCGCAUGACCCUUCUACUAGGCCCUCCAAGUUCUGGAAAGACCACACUUUUAUUGGCUAUGGCUGGGAUGCUUGAUCCUCAAUUGAAGGCAGCAGCCAUAGAAGGUCAAGAAGCUAGCAUUGUGACUGAUUAUGUUCUCAAGAUAUUGGGAUUGGAUAUUUGUGCUGAUACCGUUGUAGGAGAUGAGAUGAUUAGGGGCAUCUCCGGUGGGCAGCGAAAGCGUGUUACCACUGGUGAGAUGCUGGUGGGACCCGCAAAAGCGCUUUUCAUGGACGAGAUAUCAACUGGGCUGGACAGCUCAACUACCUUCCAGGUCGUGAACUCGAUCAGACAGUUUGUCCACAUCAUGAAAGGGACUGUUCUGAUUUCACUCCUGCAGCCGGAGCCUGAGACGUACGAUCUGUUUGACGAUAUAAUUCUUAUAUCUGAAGGGCAGAUUGUUUAUGAGGGCCCACGCGAGUUUGUGCUCGAGUUCUUCCAGUCCAUGGGUUUCAAAUGUCCUGAGAGAAAAGGGAUUGCUGACUUCUUGCAAGAAGUAACAUCCAAGAAAGACCAGCAGCAAUAUUUUGCAGACAAGGAUAAGUGUUACAGGUUUAUUACGGUUAAGGAAUUUUCCGAGGCAUUCAAGUCGUUUCAUGUGGGGCAGGGACUGACGGCUGAGAUGGCAAUCCCGUUUGACAAGAAAAAAAGCCACCCGGCUGCUUUAACGACAAAAGAAUAUGGCGUCAGCAAAAAGGAGCUCAUGAAAGCUUGUACAUCCCGAGAGCUUUUGCUGAUGAGAAGAAAUUCUUUUCUUUAUAUAUUCAAGCUAUUACAGCUUUCCAUAAUGGCUGUCAUAGCAAUGACACUUUUCCUUCGAGUUAAGAUGCACCACCAUAGCCUAUCUGACGGAAGAGUAUUUGCUGGCGCUUUAUUUUACGCUGCCACCACUAUCCUUUUUAAUGGCAUGGCGGAGAUAGCAUUGACCAUUCAGAAGCUUCCAGUCUUCUACAAGCAAAGGAAUUUCUUCUUUUACCCUGGGUGGGCUUAUGCUCUUCCCCUGUGGAUAACGCAAAUACCGGUCAGCAUUGUUGAAGUGGGCGCCUUCACGAUACUCACUUACUAUGGCAUUGGAUUUGAUCCCAAUUUCGGAAGAUUUAUCAAGUAUUUCUUGCUGCUUUUAGUUGAAAUUCAAGCGGCAUCCUCAGUGUUCCGGUUGAUUGGUGCAAUGGGUAGGAACAUGAUAAUAGCAAACACAUUCGGGUUCUUUGUUUUGCUUCUAGUUUUUGCGCUGGGCGGUUUUGUCCUUUCGAGAGAUAGUAUAAAGAAGUGGUGGAUAUGGGGCUACUAUAUCUCCCCCAUGAUGUACGCGCAGAAUGCAAUUCUGGUGAAUGAAUUCAGAGGUCACAGCUGGAGACACAAGGUAUCACCAAACUCGAAUAUAACUCUUGGAGUGGAGGUUUUGAAGUCUUUGGGAUACUUUACGAGCGCAGACUGGUACUGGAUUGGAAUAGGAGCAUUAUUAGGCAUGAUAAUUAUAUUCAACGUCUUGUCUGUUAUCGCUCUAACUUAUCUCAACCCUCUAGGAAAACCUCAAGCUGUACUGCCAGAAAAUGAGAAUGAGGCCUUAACUGCACAAAAUGGGAGAGCUGAUCGAAAGAAGAGGCAAGUUGUUCUUCCUUUCGAACCACAUUCCAUAGUGUUUGACGAGGUCAAGUACUCUGUUGACAUGCCACAGGAAAUGAUACACCAAGGAGCUACCGAAGACCGAUUACUGCUCCUGAAGGGUGUGAGUGGAGCUUUCAGGCCAGGGGUGCUAACUGCUCUUAUGGGAGUCAGUGGGGCCGGUAAAACCACACUCAUGGAUGUGUUGGCGGGUCGGAAAACGGGCGGCUAUAUCGAAGGAACUAUCACCAUCUCUGGCUAUCCGAAAAGGCAGGAGACAUUUGCUCGUAUUUCUGGAUACUGUGAACAGAAUGAUAUUCAUUCGCCUUGUGUUACGGUUUACGAAGCAUUGCUUUUCUCGGCUUGGCUACGUUUGCCGUCUGAAGUGGAUGCCGAGACCAGAAAGCUGUUUUUGAUGAAGAGAGGGGGGCAAGAGAUAUAUGUGGGGCCAGUGGGCCGACAUUCGUGCAAAUUGAUUCAGUACUUUGAGAGUAUACAAGGAGUUAAAAAGAUCAGGGAUGGCUAUAAUCCAGCAACCUGGAUGCUCGAGGUUACAUCCUCAGCUCAAGAAAUGAUCUUAGGUGUUGAUUUUGCUGAGUUUUACAAAAAUUCAGAACUUUACAGGAGAAAUAAAGCUCUCAUAAGUGAGCUAAGCACACCUCCUCCUGGCUCAAAGGACCUCCACUUUGAAACUCAGUAUUCUCAGUCUUUUUUCACUCAGUGCAUUGCAUGCUUAUGGAAACAACACUGGUCAUAUUGGCGAAAUCCUCUUUAUUCUGCUGUACGAAUUUUGUAUACAGCGUUUUUGGCUCUCCUGUUUGGGUCCAUGUUCUGGGAUCUUGGCAAGAAAUUGGUUGACAUUCAGCUGCCAACAAUAGAAGUCCGAUUCGAGCAUCUAAAUGUUGGUGCAGAGGCUUACUUGGGAAGCAGAUCAUUGCCUACAUUUUUUAACUUCACUAUUAAUAUAUUUCAGAGAUUUCUGAACUAUCUUCAUUUACUUCCAAGCAAGAAAAAACAGAUUUCUAUUCUGCAAGAUGUCAGUGGAAUUAUCAAGCCUUGCAGAAUGACACUGCUGCUAGGUCCUCCAAGCUCAGGAAAGACAACACUAUUGUUGGCUUUGGCCGGAAAGUUAGAUAACUCUUUGAAGUUUUCUGGAAGUGUGUCUUACAAUGGGCACAAACUGAAUGAGUUUGUACCCCAAAGAACAGCUGCAUACAUUAGCCAACACGAUGUUCAUAUUGGAGAAAUGACUGUGAGAGAAACUCUUGAAUUCUCGGCAAGAUGCCAGGGAAUUGGAUCUCGAUACGAGAUGUUGUCGGAAUUAUCAAGAAGAGAAAAGAAUGCGAGUAUUAAGCCUGAUCCCGAUGUCGAUAUCUUCAUGAAGGCUGUUGCUACAGAAGGACAAGAAGCCAGUGUGAUCACGGAUUACAUUAUAAAGGUUUUAGGUCUCGAGGUUUGUGCAGAUACUAUGGUUGGUGAUGAGCUAGUUAGAGGAAUAUCAGGGGGCCAGAGAAAACGUGUUACUACCGGUGAGAUGCUGGUGGGACCCACAAAUGCUCUUUUCAUGGACGAGAUAUCAACAGGACUGGACAGCUCCACGACAUACCAAAUCGUGAGUUCACUAAGGCAAUAUGUCCACAUCCUCAAUGGUACUUCUCUUAUAUCACUCUUGCAGCCCGCGCCCGAGACUUAUGAACUAUUUGAUGACAUCAUCCUGCUGUCUGACGGCCAAAUUGUCUAUCAAGGCCCGCGAGAUAACGUGCUCGAGUUUUUUGAGUCAGUGGGAUUUAAGUGUCCCGAGAGGAAAGGCGUGGCCGACUUCUUACAAGAGGUGACAUCACAGAAAGAUCAAGAACAGUAUUGGACUCGUGCCCAUGAGCCAUAUAGAUUCGUGACAGUGAGUGAGUUUGUGGAGGCAUUUCAAUCAUUUCAUGUCGGUAAAAGUAUGAGGGGUGAACUUGCAGCUCCAUUUGACAAGUCGAAAAGCCACCAAGCUGCUUUAACAACCAAGAAAUAUGGCACUGGAAUUAAAGAGUUAAUGAAAGCUUGCUACUCCAGAGAACUCUUGUUGAUUAAAAGGAACUCAUUCGUGUACGUGUUCAAGAUUUUGGUGGUCUCGAUGACUAUUUACAAACUUCCAAUUUUCUAUAAACAAAGGGACUCCCUUUUUUUCCCGCCGUGUGUAUAUUCUAUCCCGACAUGGCUGCUAAAGAUACCUAUUUCAUUUGUUGAAGUAGGAGUUUGGGUUUUCAUCACCUAUUAUGGUAUAGGAUACGAUCCCAGUGUUGCAAGAUUGUUCAAACAAUACUUGAUACUCUUUCUUUUAAAUCAAAUGGCGAGUGGAUUGUUCCGAGUUAUUGGAGCAGUUGGUAGGAGUUUGGUUAUUGCAAACACAUUCGGCGCCUUUGUGGCGUUGUUUUGUCACGAGUUAACUAUGUUUGUGUUUUUGGCUGAUGAUGCAGUGGACGUGAAAAAAUGGUGGAUAGGUGGUUAUUGGUCGUCACCAAUAAUGUAUGCGCAGAAUGCAAUCGUUGAGAAUGAAUUUACAGGGAAUGCUUGGAAACAUGUUGUGGGGAACACAACAGAAACAUUAGGCCAUGCAGUUUUAAGGACAAAGGGUUUUCUCACACAAGCAAACUUUUACUGGAUAGGAGUAGGGGCAUUGCUUGGAUUCAUAAUUCUAUCCAACUUAGGCUUCAUGCUAGCUCUCACUCAUCUGAACCCUUUUGGUAAUGGCCGGGCUGUUGAGCAAGAAGAUAGUGACAACAAUCAGAAUGACCACAAAACGGAAGUAAACCAGCAAAUUACUGCCAAUCAAAAAAAGAAUAAGGGAAUGGUUCUUCCAUUUGAACCACAUUCCAUCACAUUCGAUGAAAUUGUUUACUCGGUUGACAUGCCACAGGGUGUUAGUGGAGCUUUCAGGCCAGGUGUUUUAACUGCUUUGAUGGGAGUUAGUGGGGCCGGUAAAACGACUCUCAUGGAUGUGCUGGCCGGUCGAAAAACGGGCGGCUAUAUUGAUGGGAACAUAACCAUUUCAGGGUACCCAAAAAAGCAAGAAACUUUUGCACGUAUAUCGGGAUAUUGCGAACAGGAUGACAUUCAUUCCCCACAUGUUACGGUGCACGAGUCCUUGCUUUUCUCAGCUUGGCUUCGGUUAUCACCUGAUGUUGAUGUUAAAACGAAAAAGAUGUUUGUUGAGGAAGUGAUGGAGCUUGUCGAGCUCACUAAUUUAAGAGGCGCGCUAGUUGGUUUACCAGGGAUCAAUGGUCUCUCGACCGAGCAGAGAAAAAGGCUCACAAUAGCAGUCGAGCUCGUAGCAAAUCCAUCAAUUAUUUUUAUGGACGAGCCAACUUCUGGUCUCGAUGCACGAGCGGCUGCAAUUGUGAUGAGGACAGUUAGAAAUACAGUUGACACGGGAAGAACAGUUGUUUGCACCAUACAUCAGCCUAGCAUCGACAUCUUUGAGGCUUUUGACGAGCUAUUGCUACUGAAACGAGGAGGUGAAGAGAUAUAUGUGGGGCCAUUGGGCCAUCAUUCAUGCGAUCUGAUCAAGUACUUCGAGGGAAUUCAAGGAGUUCAUAAAAUCAAAGAUGGUUACAAUCCAGCAACUUGGAUGCUCGAAGUUACUGCUCCUGUCCAGGAAAUGGCCUUGGGGAUCGAUUUUGCUCAAGUGUAUAAAAAUUCCAGAUUAUACAGGAGGACCAAAACUCUAAUCCGCGAACUAACUACGCCAAACUCCGGAAAGCAAGAGCUAAGUUUUCCGAGCCGAUACUGCCAGCCAUUUCACAUGCAAUGCAUUGCCUGCCUAUGGAAACAGUACUGGUCCUACUGGCGCAACCCGUCUUACACUGCCGUUAGAUUCCUUUUCACAACUUUUGUCGGCCUAAUCUUCGGGAGUAUAUUUUAUAUUCUGCUUUUGCUUUGGUUUUUACAAUUUAAACACAUUUUUCCCCCCACAUUUAUUUUUAAUUAUGUACAAGAAUUGUCAAGUCUUGUUUCCCUAACUCUUGAAGUUGCGAUCGAAUUUCCUUACAUAUUGGCACAAGCCUCGGUGUACGGCAUCAUAGUUUAUGCGAUGAUAGGAUUCGAAUGGACAGCGGCCAAAUUCUUUUGGUACAUAUUCUUCAUGUACUUCACACUCUUGUACUUCACCUUUUACGGCAUGAUGUGUUUGGCCAUGGCCCCCAACCACCAUAUUGCCGCCAUUAUCUCCGGUGGUUGUACCACUUUGUGGACCCUCUUCUCUGGUUUCAUUAUCCCACGCCCUAAAAUACCAAUAUGGUGGAGAUGGUAUUAUUGGGCAACCCCAGUGUCUUGGACACUUUAUGGGUUAGCUGCAUCUCAGUAUGGAGAUGUAGAGAGCUAUAUGUUCCCGGGCAUAACAGUGAAAGAGGUCAUGAAAAGUUAUUACGGUUUUAGGCACGAUUUUCUUGGAGUUGUUGCAGCUGUUACUGUUGCCUUCGCUUUUCUCUUUAUUUUCAUGUUCGGAAGCGAUGAUGAUAUACGUUUUGUCGUUUUGGUUUCGAAGACGCAUUCUAGUUUAGAAACCAUUGUUUUUCAGUUACCGAUUAUGAUCUUUCUCAAUAUGGAUUAUGAAAUAAAUUUUAAGAACCCCACGCGUUCUACGAGAAUAGUAUCUGAUUUGGCAUCAAAUGAAACAAAACAAUUUGAUCUUCGCCUAUUAUUGAAGGGGACCAUAACUUUG